UUUCACUACACGCUUGGACAUCACACACAUAGACACACACACACACAGAAAUGAGCUCUAUCUUUGAAAUGAAAACACUGAAUUUUAUGCACUGGAUUUGAGCAACCUCAGGCUCUUGCUCCAUAUGAGGAAGAAAAUCUUGAAAGCUCCUUGUCUCCUCUUGAGUCUAUUCACCAGUUUGAAUAUCUGCUCUGGAAAAUUUGGAGUGCCAAUAACUGAUGAUGUGAGCAAGCUGUCAUUAUUGAAGCAGAAUAUCCCCUCUGAUUAUAAGAUUCCUGUUAGUUUUAUUCCCAAAGAAAAGGCUGGCAAGUGCUGGAUGGUCUUAAAUAUCUAUCCUUUGGAGCAAAGUCUUCGGAAGCUGGCCAACAUGUUUGGUGCCAUCUCCUCAAACAAGGACAACAUAAUUGUCUUUAUUGCAAUGCUGAAGAGUUUACGCUUUACCUUUGACCACGAGGAGCUGGAAACAGCGAUGCAGCUCUUCCAGUGUCACUACCAGGAUGCAAGCUUAAUGUCUGGUCUUUACUUUGAUUACAUCAAGGAUGUCUUGCAUACAGCUGCUCAAGGAACAUCCAGCUUCUCGUGCAAGCCACCGCCGUGCCUUAAUUCACAACAAACACCAGGGGGUCGAGAGGAGAGUCGUGAAUACAGCUGGCUGAAGAGAACGCCCUUGCUUCUGGCACUCAUCCCCUUCACAGCUUGUGUUGUUCUCAUAGUGUGGCUGGUCAAGUGUGGAAGCUGUUUUCCAGUGUGCACUGAAAAUAGCCAAAUGGCACCUUCUGACAUGAUCCCAACUGUGUCUGUCUCUAUCCCACUUCAAACACUCACCCACACUGCUGACACUCAGCCAGCGGGCAAGAUGAUCCCUGAACAUGAAAGUGGAUGAAGCAUGAUUCAUAAAGAGGGAAACUUCAGACAGCAGUGUAACAACUUACUCACUUGGUUGUUCUGUUAUUGGUAGGAGCCUGCUGGAAAAAUAAGUGUGAUCUGACACUCUUCCUCUGCUUUCACUCAACUGAGUACCUGGGCCUGUGCUACAACAGACAACUCACCUGCAGUGCAAAUGUGUGUAACAGAAAAUUCCCCAGGCACUUCUACCACUUAACCAUCCAGAGAGAUUUUUUGGACCAGAGGACACACUCUCUAUACAAAGGCUAGUUUGAUGCCAAACUGGCUUAUGAAGUACUUAAACUGUCUUGUCUUGGCUACUGUUUAACAGCAUAUAGCUGGCCUGUUCUGAGCAGACCAUGUCAAUUUAUUGUUCAUUCCUGCCACUCUGAAUUGGUGCCAUUCAGAGUUUUCUGCACUCUAAUUUUGAGCUGCAGUACAAAAGGAUCACUGGAGCUUUAAAUCAAAUUGAUAUCAAACUAUUUGGAGGACAUAAUUUCAUUCUGAGAUGGGACUCCUGUCAUUAACUUGUUGGCUGCAUCUUGAAGAUUACAGAGCUACACAACAUUCAGCACAUCCCAACAAGUACAUCAGGAGUACGCAAAGAACUACAAUACUAUCUUGAGAAUAACUGAAAUGCAUCAAAAGUAAAAGAGUGAUUGAAUAAGUUGCAUUUGAGCUAUUGCAGCUUGUCUUGUAAUUGUUGUUGACAUUAUUAUGAUCUGUGAUCUGUCACAAAUUGCAAACCUGCUUGUCACAAACAGCACGCCAAGCAGUUCAACAAGAGUCCUACUUUGUGUAUCAAAGAUCUGACCAGAUGGCAGAUAGCCAUCACCAGAGGCACUUUGAAUCCCAUCAUUGUAUCUCAAAGCUGUUGCCCAGUGAUCUAUAGCUGCUGCUUGGGCCAAAGUGAGUGUGUUCAAGUUUUUAAUGCCUCAUUCACUGAGUCAAUCACAUUCAGUCAUGAGAACAUGACUCCCUGAGUGUGAGUGCUGUCGUACUAUAUGUGUCAGAGAGAGGCAGCAAAAGACAAGACAGUUAGGACGGAGGAAAGUGAGGGAGGUAGGGAUAGAUGGAUGGACGGAUGAGCUCAGUGAGAAGCAUAAGGAGGGCUUGUUCUUUCAACAAAAGAACUGGCCGUAGGCUGGAGGAAAUGCCAGUUACAAACACGACUGAUGUUGGCAGAUCCCUAUGAAUCAACAGGCUAAGAAUCUUUCCAGACCGCAGGCUAUGUGGCCUCAUCUACACAGGAUAGUAUUUCAUCUACACAGGAUAAUAUUUCAAAUGAUUUGCUUCUAAAACACAUAAAUGCUUAUGGCUUAUGUGCAUUUUGCUCGUUUGUAUUCAUUUUUGUAUUUUGUAAAAAUGUGUAGUUGUACUGUAUGUGAAAUAUUUAUUUUGUUGCCAGAUAAAUCACAUGGGUUUUAAUUAACAUUUCCCACAAAAGAGUGUAUUUUUAAACUCCUCUUCUUUGCUGUCAAGAUGUAAAGGAGGUAGGCAAAAUGCUGUGAACACUCAGGGAAAAUAUUUCAUCUCACUUUGAAAACUCACAUGUUCACUGUCUGAUGUCUAAUGACAUUCAAAUGAAUGCCAUAUGACCCACACUUUCAGUGUAAUAUUACAGCAAUUUACUCUAUUUCCAUCUCUUAUAUGAAAUGUUUACUUUAUUUUGUGUUACUAAAUAUAAAGGGUUGUUGUUGGAAAACCAGUGAAAUCCCAAAAGUCUGAAUUUUUCCUUGAGACCAUGUUUACAGCAAACCAUUCACCUUCUGAAAGAAACAAAUAACAAUGGACUUGAUAAACCAUUCUUGGUUUUGAAGUAAAAAGUUUGGACUUUAUUACCUAUAAGGAUCUCAAACAAAAAACAGAUUCAUGCAGAACACUUUCACAUCAUCUCCUCAGGCCCCCUGGCUGGAGAUGUCAUUACAAAUAAACAUUAAAAUAAAAUAAAAUAAAAGCUAACAGGGUUUUUGUGAAUUUUCCCAUUGUUGUAGAUAUUAACUGCACAAAUAAUAACUGCACCAG